AUGGCGAUCCGCGGCCCGGACGCCGCGUCCGUCCUCCCCAUGACGCUGCUCUUCUCCCUCGGCUUCUUCUGCGCCCGCUUCUUCCUCGACCGCCUACUGUACAAGCCAUUGGCAGUUUACUUUUUCACUAGCAAGGCUUCUAAGUUGAUGAAUGAUGAGGCCAGGCAAGCAAAGAUUGCCAAGUUCUCAGAGUCUACUUGGAAGCUGACAUACUAUGCUUCUGUUCAGGCAUGGGUCCUAUUGAUAAUAAAGCAGGAACCAUGGUCGUUGGAUACAAUGCAAUACUUCGAUGGCUGGCCGAAUCAACCCAUCCCGUCCUCAUUGAGACUUUUCUACAUGUGCCAGUGUGGAUUUUAUAUCUACAGCAUUUUUGCUCUCAUUGCUUGGGAAACCCGCAGAAAAGAUUUUGCUGUAAUGAUGUCUCACCAUGUAGUAACAUCUGCUCUUAUUGGAUAUUCAUUUCUGACUGGAUUUUUUCGUAUUGGAACAAUUAUUCUUGCGUUGCAUGACACGAGUGAUGUGUUCCUUGAAACUGCCAAAUUGUGCAAGUACACUGAAAAAGAACUAGGGGCUAGCUUAUUUUUUGGGCUUUUUGCUCUCUCGUGGCUCCUAUUGCGUCUGAUUUACUUCCCAUUUUGGAUAAUCAAAACCUCAAGCUACCAGUCCAUCAUAUCCUUGAGGAAGCUGGAUAGGUUCCCAACGACCUUGUACUAUAUUUUCAACACAAUGCUUCUCACAUUACUUGUGUUUCAUGUGUAUUGGGGGAAACUCAUAUUUUCAAUGAUAAUGAAACAAUUGAAUAAUAAAGGAAAAGUUGGAGAGGAUGUUCGAUCUGAUUCGGACGAUGAUGACUGA